UUUCGUUCAGGAAAUGUUCCACAAGAUUCUAGAAGCAAGGUCUUUUGUUCAGGGUUUAGCUGAAGGGAUGUGUACGUGAUUAGUUAGACUGGUAAGCAGGAAGGUUAAUGGAAAAGGUCGAGAGGAGGUCAGGCUCUUGCGAGCCAGUUUGGCGAAUUUUUGUAGGCAGCGGACUUGUUCAGUAGUGACUUGACGGGUUUUGGAAGAAAAGGAAUGGAACUUAGGAAACUUUUGAAGGGCGAGUUUUGCCAAAUCUGGGAAACAGUGCCUGUCAGUAUUUUUAGAGUGAAAUUUGGGGGUUCGCUCUCUUCUCGGCUCUGCUCGCUUUGCUCUUGGAUAUGGGUCUCUGUUGCUUGCAAAUUUGACUUCUGGAUGAAGACAGACUAUCUUGACCGCGCUGCUGAGAUCAGGCAAACUGAUAAUACGCGUGCUUUACAGUGGAUUUUUUUUUUUUUUUUUGGUAACGCUCGAGACGAUUCUUAGUGGGCGUCUUUGUUGUUAGUUACUUGCAAGGCUAUGACAGAACUCUAAGGAAUGCACGUUUUCCUGGUCUCGUCUGCAGAAAUGGAUUAUUUACGUAGCCUCAUCCUAUGCCCAGCUGCUAUGGACCCCUACGAGCUUUCUUGACCAAUGUCGCUAAAGGAGAUGUGUCGCUAAAGAAGCGGUGCCAACGAGAGCUCCUUGUCCCAUGAUGGCUCACCUAUGACACCAGACAGUGAAAACCACGAGGCUUACCGACCCCUUGACGUUCUUCAGAGAAGCUUGGACAAAGGCGAAAGUGUGUUCCCAUUAAUAAUGUCAGGAUUAGUAAUAUAAAAGAGUGCGGACCAUCACUGGACCCUACAGGAAAACAAGAAGCAAAACUGCGCUUUCUGUCCAAGAUAGCAACUGCUCCUGAAAUAGGAUGUUUUCUUCAAUAGUAGCUUUCAUUCUAUUCGUGGGUGCUCAUUCCUCAUUUUCCAACUAUCCAUCUCUCAACGGCAUUAAUCAUCACACCCGAUCUGAAAACAGUCUGGAUGACAUGGAACUAUCCAGUCGAAAAACACAGCAAAGUAAUGAAGUCGUCAAUUGUGACAUAGAGGCCAUCUUCAAUGCUGUUCGUCUGAAUGAGUUACAACUGUUAAUAGAAGCAGUAGCAGAGAGGACGCACAUCAGUCCUUUCGCUGUUCUCAGGAUGCUGCAGAAAAGAAUAAACAGUAAUGAGGAAAUUGAAGAGAACAUCAUAAACGUCAUAGAAGAAGCAUCACUUGAAGAUCUCUUCAACCAUCCACUCAAGGAUAUACCUCCUCCAAUAGAAUUAUCGCCAGUUUCCAAUGAAGUUCCUUAUGCUCUGCCUCCAAAUUUUCAUCUGAAUACUGAUACUGAAGACGAAAAAAAAUUGAUAAUCGUACCGGUUACUUCUUCCAUGUCUAAUUCCGUGCUCCAUAGAAUGCCACUACCAAUGAAAACGGAAGUCAAGUCUAGGAACGAAGAACCAACCAUCUUGAAUAAUAUAGUUCCGUCUGGUGGAAAAAGUAGAAACACGCUGUCGGCCGUCUUUCCUAUGCUGUCAGCAAUCAAAAGUAAUCAUCUCAAACCUCCCCUUGGGGCAACUGUUCGAGUUAAUUCAGGAGAUCCUCGCCAUGCUAUCGACCGUGACAUAACUGUUACAGUUUCGCCAUUAAUGACUCUUAUUGAAGCAUUGCGGGAAGCUGAAAUAAAAUAUCAAACAGCGUUGGGAUUGAGUCUCGAUAGCGAUGUCAUUAAAUUUGCUCAUUCAUCUAGAACCGAUUGCUACAUGGUAAAUAGCAUCGAUGACGUAGUAAGAAGUGAUGCGUCUGGUUGGAAGGUGAAAAUAGUAGAUCGUAAUGGACAGGUCGUAUAUGACAAUUUCUGCAUUCCCAGUGGAAAAGAUGCUUUUGUCAAACCAGGAACAGUUAUUUCUUUAUCAUAUGUUCCCCUUUAGUCAACAAAACUCUCCAACAAUUGUACUGUAAUUCCAAUAUACUAUAAAUGGUCAGAAGACUGUUGAAAAUCAUCAUGCUGAAAUUUCACCAUUUCUUCAUGUAAAUUAUUUGAUUCCCAUUCUACUUUUGGGGUACUCCUAGUCGUUUUGGAUGUAAAUAUUGUUCCUGAAUGUAAACUUUACUUAUGAGAGGAUUUAUAUAAUUAAUUAAAAAGGUGGUUUUUACAGCA